AUGGCGUCUUUAGCAGCAACAAGACGAACUCAUUUGAACCCAAGCCUCUCCAAGCUCCCUUCCCCAAUUUCCCUCAAAUCCCUCUUCUUCUGCACCUCGCCCGACUCCAAAUCCACAAACCCGACAUCCGAUGAAGGCAUCUCCGCGUCCCCAAAUCCAGAUUCCGACUACUCCGCCGCCGUUUUACCAUUCCGCCACCGGGGCCCGGAGAAAAUCGAGGACGUCAUCUGCCGGAUGAUGGCGAAUCGGCCCUGGACGACUCGACUUCAGAACUCGAUCCGAAACCUCGUCCCGAGCUUUGACCACGAGCUUGUCUACAACGUGCUGCACGGCGCCAAAUACUCGGAGCACGCGCUCCAGUUCUUCCGAUGGGUCGAGCGGUCCAAUCUUUUUCAGCACAGCAGGGAAACCCACCUCAAAAUCAUCGAGAUUCUUGGCCGGGCCUCGAAGCUCAAUCACGCCAGGUGCAUUUUGCUGGACAUGCCCAAAAAGGGCCUCGAGUGGGACGAGGAUUUGUGGGUCCUGAUGAUCUACAGCUAUGGAAAAGCCGGGAUUGUCCAGGAGAGCGUGAAGCUGUUCCAGAAGAUGGAGGAAUUGGGAGUCGAGCGGGGAUUGAAGUCAUACGACACUCUGUUUAAGGUAAUCCUGCGCAGGGGCCGGUACAUGAUGGCCAAGAGGUACUUUAACAAGAUGCUGGCUGAAGGCCUUGAGCCGACUCGUCACACAUUCAAUAUCUUGUUAUGGGGAUUUUUUCUCUCAGGCAAAGUCGAGACGGCCAAUCGGUUUUUUGAGGACAUGAAGAGCCGUGAUAUUGUGCCCGAUUUGGUGACAUACAACACGUUGAUCAACGGUUACUACCGUGUCAAGAAAGUCGAGGAGGCGGAAAAAUAUUUUGUCGAGAUGAAGGGGAGGAACAUUGAACCAAAUGUGAUUACAUACACGACUUUGAUCAAAGGUUAUGUUUCCGUCGAGCGGGUUGAUGAUGCAUUGAGAUUGUUGGAGGAGAUGAAGGGAUUUGGUGUCAAGCCAAAUGCAGUCACUUACUCGACACUGUUGCCCAGCCUGUGUGAUGCUGAGAAAAUGCUUGAGGCCCGGAUUGUGCUGAAGGAGAUGGUGGCUAAGUUUAUUCAGCCUGAAGAUUACUCGAUUUUCGUGAGGUUGAUGUCCGGUCAGUGCAAGGCGGGUCACUUGGAUGCUGCUUUAGAUGUUCUGAAGGCUAUGAUUAAGUUGAGUGUGCCUACACAGGCUGGACACUACGGGAUUUUGAUUGAAAAUUUUUGCAAGACUGGUGAAUAUGAUAGGGCUGUUAAAUUAUUGGAUAAACUGAUUGAGAAGGAUAUCAUCCUUAGGCCUCAGAGUACUCUGCACUUGGAGCCUAGCGCGUACAACCCAUUAAUUGACUACCUUUGUAAAAACGGCCAGACUUCAAAGGCCGAAACUUUAAUGCGUCAGCUGAUGAAAUUGGGCGUGCAGGACUCAGCUGCUAUGAACACCCUUGUAAUCGGGCAUUCCCAAGAAGGUUCUCCUGACUCAGCUUUCGAAUUUCUGAAAAUCAUGCUCAGGAGAAAAGUUAGCACUGAGAAGUCCUCAUACGACUCGCUCGUCCAGAGCUAUCUUAAAAAGAACGAUCCUGCAGAGGCAAAAAUCGUUCUCGAAAGCAUGGUCGAAAACGGGCACCUCCCAGAUUCUUCCCUUUAUCGAUCGGUAAUCGAGAGUUUGUUUGAGGAUGGCCGAGUUCAGACCGCGAGCCGCGUGAUGAAGAUGAUGUUAGAAAAAGGAGUCACAGAUCAUCAAGAUUUGAUUUUUAAGGUAUUGGAGGCUCUGUUCAUGAGGGGCCACGUAGAGGAAGCCCUCGGCAGAAUCGAGUUGCUUAUGCAGAGUGGGGUUGUGCCCGAUUUUGACCGAAUAUUGUCCAUUUUGUGCGAGAAAGGGAAAACUAUUGCUGCUUUGAAGCUUUUGGAUUAUGGCUUGGAGAGGGAAUAUAGUGUACAGGUGUCAAGCUAUGAGAAGGUGCUGGAUGCAUUGUUGGCUGCGGGGAAAACUCUUAAUGCGUACUCGAUACUCUGUAAGAUUAUGGAGAAAGGAGGAAUUAGUGACUGGAGUAGCUGCAAAGAUUUGAUCAAGAGUCUUAAUGAGGAGGGGCAUUCGAAGCAGGCGGACAUUUUCUCUCGGAUGAUUACAGGGAAGGAUAAGGAUAAGCCAGUUAGAAGCAAGAAAGGUGAUAAGAAGAAAGGUGCCAUUGCUUGCUAG